AGCGACUUGAGCGUGCCUAGAAUUAGACAUGUAGACUGAUUCUAAAGACGUCUCUCAGGUAUCCAGAUUAACGUGCUUGAUUCGGAUCCAUUAGCUUCUCCUCCCUAGUUUAAUAGUUUCGUUGUUUGUAUAAUUCUUCAACAGUGGCUCGUAGAUCUACUUCAUGCUUUUUGCGGGACAAUGUUGAUGUCCCAGCGAUCGCCGAUCCUCGGCAUGAGCACAGGAGAUGUUAUCGGCGACGAAACGCAGCGGUCCGCGUUCCACAGGUCGCUGGACGUACCGCAACUUUUUGCGGACGCGACGCAAGACAGCUUUUGCCCCACCAACGAAGAUCAGCACCAAAAGGAUGCCCUGGAGACCCAGAAACGGAAGUUCCUGGAGCGGACUGUUCCACUACCAGGCAACUUUGACGAGUUGCUUCGCACUUACGAGAUUUUUCCGCAACGCAAGAGGAACGACGCCAGCGCCGAACCAGCACCUGGUUCGAAAAUCAAAGCGGGUUACCGGGGUCGAGGCGGCCACGGCUACGCGAGCGACUAUGAUAGCGAGCCUGUGAAUGGUAGGGGAGCCAAUGCAGACCUUUCGUCGGAUUCGGAGCCGGAGAUGGAUGCACCGCCACGAGUGGGGGUUGACGACUUCAGCUUCCCUGGCAACACUCUCUACGACACUGAGUGGCUAGGCAAGAAAGUUCCACGGAACAAACGUUCCGGCGCAUCGUCAUCGUUGAAUAAACCGUCCCUGAAUAACAGAGGGGGCGGACAUAAUGAUAUGGGAGUCGGAGGACAGGCGGGGCAUCAAGACCAAGAUACGGCAUCGACACUUCAUAUGGACACUAUUGGCAGGGCAGGUGGAUGUGACAGCGGCAGCGCGUCGCUGAGGGACUAUCAUGGAGGCACCUCCUAUGCCGCGGACGGAUCGAGCGCUGCUCGAAGCAGUUGCGCCUCCAGCGAGGCAGGCGAUUUUAGCGUGGCUACGGACGCCGCUUUUCGCGAGGAUAUGAGCGUGCAAGAGAUGCAUGGCGGCGGUGGCGGAACCUUAGCUGGACGCGCUGGUAUUGGUGGGACGACAGGGGGCCCACUGCGCAUGACCAGCAGAGGACGUGCGCCGGCGAUCACGCGGAACAGCAAUUCGGUACUUUCCGCAGCGUCCGCCAGUGCGACCGUGCGACGUCGAAGCAUCGGCGCGGCAUCUGCCUCGAGCUCUUCUAUGAUGGCCGGAGGAGGGGGUAGACAAUCUUUUCGGGGUAGCAUCAGCGGCAGCUGUAGCUACAACAGCGUCAACGGUGGCACCGCAUCGACAAUGACCGCAGAAGGCUCGGGCUUGCUCGGUGUGGCAGGUGGUGCUGCAUUUCCACCAGCACCUCCUGCGCCACGAGUUCCGCCGCGAAUGAUGGGUGCGGACGAGCAGCGCGUGCGUGACAUUGCGCGAAGUCAACCAGCUGCAAAGUUUCCGAGUAGCAAAGAGAUGGCUGCUGACUCGCCUACAGGCAAGGCUCCGCUGCUUGCCUCGCGGAGUCCGUUGAAGGAGGCCGCGCAAGUCACGAGGCUACCUGCGGCUGCAUUUUCGCCCAUAGCGGCAGGACAAGCGGGAUACAGUCCACCGUUGAGCAGCGGGCAGCCGCUCUCCGCCACAGCAGCACUGAUCGGUGCUAGUCCUAACGGAAAGCAUCAGCAAGUGGUCAAAUUCAGCUAUGGCGGGUCGGCGAAUUCCAACAAAUUGCUAAGCAACAUCAUGAACAAACAGGGAGGUGGGUCGCAGCUUCAAGGCGGAAUCAAUGCUGCUGUUGGAGGCUUUAUUGGUGCUGGUGUUCCCUUGUUUUAUCCUGAAGACGGACCGGCGAACAACAGCGGUUCUAGCAAAGUGGGCGGCACUGGCUGGAGUCCUUCGAAAAAUCACUACAAUGAUCUUUUGGACAGCUACGGGUCGAGAGGUGCUGGAGCGCAUGGAGCAGCAUCGAGUCUCAGACUCGCGAGUUCUGCCUCGGUCGGCGCGCUGCCUCAACAUCGUCGACAAAGCACAAGCACAGACGUCCUGAAGCGAUUGCCCAACGGCCGUGUCACCGCGGCAGCACCCGAAACUGAGAAAAUCAGACAGCAGCAAAGCAAUGCGCUAUGGUCGCGCAAGCUGCAACAAGAAUACGCAGCAUCCGGAACCAAAAGUAAUUUUAUGCUUGAAACAAGAUGAAGUAAGUUUACUCUUUCAGCUGGAUCCAUUACAUGGUAGCAUGGGGAUAUCUCGAGGUCGAGCAAUCUACUAUCUGUUGAUCAUGUCUCGUCCUUAAUCUUGUUGAUCUUAGAUAGACGGAUGAUCGUAACCUAUACCUAACACAAUCAUCUUGCUUCUACUAGUGAUUAGUAUAAUGUACCACUUACUUACAUGUCUGAAAGAGUUUGUUGAACAUCGAGCGUAGCAGAUGCUUUCAUAACUUACGGGGGCGGAACGACAGGAAGUUUUUUAGGGAGAAAAAACACUCCUGGCAUGGGAGGCAUCAAGUUUCAACGCGAGCCGCUUCAUACCAGUAGCAAACUGAAUGGCGGGUUCAGCCCGAGUGGGGACGAGUCCAUGUCUUCCGUCUAUCCCGGUCCACGUCUUAGCGAUCAACCGAGUCCUAUGGCCGGAUACCAAGUAAAUAAGAGUUACAACCAGAACGUUGGAGGUAAUAACAAUUCCAAUAGCGAAAUCAAUGCAGCUGGGACCUCUUCGCAUCAGUACCAGAAAAGCUUAUUGCAAGCAGCGGGAUUCGUGGCAAUGACCACGCAAAUCGGCAAGCACCACCCGCAUCACCCGCGAAACAAGUACCAGACGCGCGCUUUUUUACGAUUUCCACCGCCGACAGGAGGAGCCAACACCUAUAGCGCAGAGAGAAGCGAUUUGGACUCGAAUUGGAACGCCUUGCCAGGUGUCUGAAAACGAUGAAAUAGGAAUCAGAAUCAGAGAAGCACGCUCGAGUUCGGAUUACCAACAAAAAGGACCACAAUUUUUAGCCUGAUCCCAUGCCUGCUCGUUCUAGAGGGAACACAUCAUCACCAUCAGAAAGAUUUACUUGAGCUACAAUGAAAGAUGAAGUAAAGGCUUCAGCAAGUGCAAGUAGACCUCCAAUGUAUCGAUGGACUAUCUAGUGAUAGUUACAACUUCAAGUGAAGAUACUGAUGUUGUCUUUGUCAUGCGUCAAUGAAAAACAGAGUUCCUAGACGAAAAAGUAUGAACACGACCUAUCAUGAUUCAACAUGUGCAGGAGCACGCACGCACGGCAGUAGAAAAUACCCUUAAAUUUCGACCGAGGACUUCUUUCGAAUCCGAAGCGCUUCACAAUCACGUGCUAUCAACUCAUUGCUUAAUGAAUAAUACGUAGGACCAGGGCUUGUUCAAAUCGUUAUCACAAAGUCAAAGCACAUCAAUGAGAAGGCGAUCAUCAUGCCAAGAUGAAGAACAACUAGAAUUGAAAAAUAUUGUAUCUAUAAUGUCUGCGAAAUAAUCCUGCAGUAGCUUUAUG